AUGUUUGAUGCUCUGUAUGCGGUUGUAAUUCUGCUCCUACCAACUGUUCGGUCACAAGGCAUAAGUCAUCCCAGUCCAGAUCUCAGCGAAGGCGCGAAAUUUCUUCCAAGGACUAUACUUUAUUGUAGCUACAAGUUUCCACUUCGAGAUGACGGCUCGUUAAUUGCGUUCUCUGAAAAAUCUGAAGAGGAGCGGGGAGAAACUGCUGUUAGUAACGAAGAACUCGCUAAGAUAUUAUAUCCCAGGAAAAACUUUAAACAAGUGGAAGAAGACAUGCAAAGGCGUCUGAGUAGUCGGGAUGGUCCCUUCUGGCGUGAGGCUCCACUGCAUCGCCUUAAAGACAUGGAUGCUGAUCUGGACGGUGCUACUGCAGCAUGGAUGGCUGAUGCAUCUUUAACUCGAACUGAAUACAUUGGGGACGAGAACGGAAUUCCGCAACAAGAUUAUUAUGGUAUUGUAGUGAAACAGAUAUAUGAACCAUUUGGAUUUCCUUUCGAGAGUUCUUUGCUAUUAAAUGGCUAUGUUGAGAAAGAGAAUAGACUGAACUUUGAUGGAACGAAGAGAAUCUUCAGUAAAACUGUAACCUGGGAUUAUUUUAUUUUUGAACAGGUUCCAGUGCAUAUACCGCAAGACUUCUUAUCUCAGCCAGCUCAGUGGUUAGUGGAUCCUGUCAGAAAACUCGAUGUCGUAACGUAUUUCUCCGAUGUUAUAGGAAGAAUGCAAAUGACUACCCUUAGUAAAUCCAAUCUUUCCGAAUACGCUGCUUGGCCUCAACUAAUAGGAAGGGAUAUGGGUGUAUUUACUCACAACCAACAACGAAGCUUUCUUUUAAAACCAGACGGAAAAUUGAUGAUCAGUCCAUUUUUGGAGACAUUGCCAAUGCUCAAAUCGGCGGCAAUUCAACCGUGGGCCACAUUAAUGUGUACUGCCUUGGUUGACAACGAGCCGAGAAGUUUAGGAGUGGUCAUCAAUGUUGACUAUCUUGUAAAUGAGAAAAGAGUGCUGAAGUAUUCUGAUAUUAAAGUACUUGAUCUUGAGAAAAAGAAACCAGAAGAAAGCAAAGAGUCACUUCCAAUUCUUGACCUAAGGUCCAACUUAAAGAUUCGUCCUUGGGACAGAAAUGCUGUGGACGCUAAAUUCCAGAAAAUGAUGUCGAUAAGUCCAUAUAGGGAAAGAGGGGUCGCACUAUUCUCGACGAUAUGGGAGACUGCUAGUUACUUGGUUGAAGUCAAAAAGUACAAGGAUCAGCUUUACACCGAACGCUUCAAAUCAAUCAUCGACGAGAACGAAACGUCAACUGUCGUCGAAAAUCACCCUGGGUUUUACAUUGAUGAAAUUUCCUGUACGGAGGAAAAGUACGACUGUAACAAACUGGCUGAAUGUCGAGGCAUAAGUAUAAAGGUGUCACUAUUCAUUUACGAAGAUAAUCUCUAACUCCAAGAAGAGGUCGAUCCGUGCGAUGAAUACGAGAGCGAAAUCAAAAUCAUUUUCAUUGAACACGAACAAUCCGUCAUUAGAUUAUAUCCCGGCGAGAACUAUCGGCUUCGCAUUAGGGAGGAGAUAUUUUCCACUGAUGCGACAAGGGCGCGUUGGAAAGUCUCAUCACGAUAUGCAAAUCACUAUGAUGCUUCAAGAGGCUGUUUGGAACAGGGAACUGUGUUGCUUAAGAGCGGAGACUUGCUGCUAACAAAUGUAAAACCAAGAGAUGCUCGAAGGCGGAUCGAAUUAACAUUGGCAGAUGGGAGACAACUUAAUAUACAACUACAAGAUGCAAGCAUACAACUUGGCCUUCGAGACGACAGCGGCACAAUUAUAUUAUGGGCUACGGCAAUCACCCGUGAGUGUUCAUUACGGAAUUUUAUCAAGUAUCACUCAUAA